UCUGCAUGCGUGCGUACUUAUGUGUCGGUGUCUAUUUUGCAUUACAUCUCAAGACUGGACGAACUAAAAUCUCUGAAAUUUGGCAAGAUUAUCUCUCUCCUUCUCAGCAAUAUUAGUUACUUAUACUAAGAAACACACCUGAUUUCUAUUUGCCGAGUUUUUUCUUUAUUCCAAACGUUUUCAGCCUAUUUGGAUAGGCCAUCUUCAGGCUUUUACAUUCAUCCUUCCAAAUGGAACAAAUUUGUUCGAAUUUAUUUCAUUGAAAUAAAUUCGAACGUUUGGAAUAAAGAAAAAAAACUCGGCAAAUAGAAAUCAGGUGUGUUUCUUAGUACUUGGCAAGAUUCUAUGUAUAGAAAAUUGAUACUAUUAAAUUUUGGUAGUUAAAAGUCAAGGAGGUGGACAGAUAAAAGCGGUCAUGUCUCGAGUGGGAUCGUACUUAAAAAUUUUUAUUAGUUAUUGGCAUUUACAGUUUUUUAAAAUUCAUUUCUACCAUCAAAAUUAAGCUCUUUGCCUUUUUAUAAUAAUUAAUAAUCAACAACUACUAUAAAACAAAAAUCAAUUGUUGCCAUAGUAGUAGUUGCUAUGUUGAAAGUAAACAAGAUAGGGUUAUUGAUAACUGUUUGAUGAGUACAAAGCCAGAGAAGUGGAAAUAUGGCUACGAACAAAGCUAAAGUUAAUAGUUCACUUAAAGUAUCACAAUCAAAAGCUGUAGUAAGUGAAAAAAAGACUUUAAAUUAUCACGAUUAUAUCGAAAGAAACAAGAAAUUGCUAAAGCUUGGAUUUAUUUCACAAAUACAAUGUGAAGAAAUUAGAAAAUUGAGAAAAUCAAUUGCAGACAAAGAAGAAAUCAUGGAUAACUUAGAAAGAGACUAUGAAGAAAAUUUGCAAAAACUACAAGACAAAGUGGAAGAAGGCAAAAAAGAAUGUGAAGAAGCUAUGAGUUUAGUAACUAGUGUUAAAGAAAAAUCAUUAGAAUUACUGGAUGAAAUUCAAAACUUAUCAAAUCGCAAGAAAAUGAUGGAAUUCAAGAUCCUAAAACGUGAACGAGAAUUAAGGAAAUUAGAGAAGUACAGAAAUUUAUUGCUUUGUUUAGCAUCUCGAGAAGGAAAUGAGGAUUUAGAAUGCUUUAAAAACCCAGAUAAGAUUAAGAACAUUUUAAUUAGAUACGAAAGUGAAUGUUUGUCACGAAUUACACAUAAUUCAGAGCUCGAAGAGAUGUUGAAAGAUAAAUGCGAAAAUUUUAAAAAAACUGAAGAAAUUUAUAAAGAAAAAUUAGACGCUUUGAAUGAUACAAAGAACUGUUUAGAAGAAAGUCUGAAAAAAGAAAACCAAAAAUCGAAAAAAUACGAAGAACUAAUUGCUAUGAGUCAAAACUCUGUGGAAAAUAUGGAGGAUAAACGUUUGCAGGAAAAAAUAAUAGAAGUGCAUCGUACUUGCGGAACAUUUUUCGAAGAAACUGAUUGGAUAAAAAUGUUGACAGAUAUUGAGGUAUAUUUGUACGGUUUAUUAGAUGAUCUAGCUUCUUUUUCACCAAAACUUAUAAGAAAGGUGUUUCGAGAUAGACAAAAAGAAAAGCAAAGAGCAGAAGAAAAAAGAAUACAAGAAGUAAAACUAAGACGAAAAAAAGAAAGAUUUAUUAAGAAAUGGGGAAACAUAGAUAUCAGAUAACUUGUCAUUCAUUAAUUUGAAUGAUUUACUGUGAAAGUCUUACUUAUUAUUUUAAUAACGAUGUGUGAAAAGAUCGGAUUGACACAUUAUCAUAAUGUAAUGAUAAAGGAAAACCAAUUAUUAAUAACUAUUGUAAGUUCAUAGAUUCAAUUCGCCCUUUUUUGGUUUAUAAUAUAAUUGACAAUAAUUUAUUAUUAAUAGUGGAAUUAUCUCUCGAAAUUUGAAAAAAGAAAGAAAGAGGAAUUUGCCGGACCCGAAUAAAAUAUCUCAUCAAUAAAAAAAUUUAUAUGCCCGGUAAUUUUUUGGUGUUUUUAGUAUAUUAUAAUGAAUUAGCUAUAUUUUGUAAAUUGUGCACCGUAUAUAUCAGAAAAAUCUUUUAAUCUUGGUUUACUACUUAUGUUAUGAUUGUAUUAAUGGAUAUUAGUGUAAUACUGUACGUAUGUACGCUGAUGAGGAUCUUUGUACUGUACCGGAAAUGCAUUCCUACUAAAAUUUGAGGUUAAUUAAAGGCUAUUUUUAGUAAAAUCUAGUCUAUUUAUUCUAGUAAGCCCUCCAAUUAAUUACAAUCCUAUUUAUUAUUAAAUUACCCUAUAUUUUUAAAUUAAUAUUAUUAAUUUUAUAAAAAUAUCCUUUUCCUUUCCUUUGCAUACUUUAACACGAAUUAGAACAUUCUAACUCGUUGCCUUUAUACAACAGAAAUGGCAUACCUCCUUCAUUAAAAGGAAAAUGGCGGUCGUGUAUUCAAUUUUCUUUAAUUUAAACAUGGCGUCACUACAGCUAAUAUGUAAUAUAUUCUAGCUCGUUGGUUGCCGGCCGGAUGGCCGAGCGGCCAA